GCGGCUGAAUUGCUCAAGUUUGACAAAAUUCAAUUCAUUAAAACGGAGGGUUUAACAUUCGCAUUGCUGGCGGGCCCCAUGGGCCAAGCGGCAAGUAUGUGUCGAUUUCGUGGUUGUCGCUACAAAAAUAAAAACAAAAACAGCAAGCAACAACAACAACAACAACAACAGCAGCAGCAACAACAAGAGCACCAACAACAACAGCAAACACCCAGCCAUAGUCCUCAGAUACAACAUCAUUCUGAAGUAAUCCCAGCUACAACAGGCCUGCAUUUGCGGAGCAUCGAGGAGCCAGCGACUACGCCGCUCCAGUUCCAGCCGUCCGGCAGGAUGAACGCGGAGCAGGGGGGCACGGGGUACGGCGGCUACGGGUCCAGCGAGCACUCGCUGCUCAUCGCCACACGCCACGCCGGUGUCCCCCUGCCCCCCGCCCAGCAGCAGCCACUCCCCGCCCACUAUCAGCCGCUGAGUCACUCCGGCCCAGCCCCGCCCUCCUCCUCCGCCUCCGCCACCAACGGAUCCUCCUCCUCCGCCACCGCCGGCGGACACCCAGCGUCCGGAUUCCCGCAGCAACAGCAGCAGCAGCAGUAUCAGGUGCAGCAGUAUCAGUACCAGUACCAGCACCACUAUCACCACCCGGGAAACUCGCCACAGCACCACAGACCCUACGAUCCGGAGCACGCGCGGAUGGAGGCCUGGUUGGAUGAGAAUCAGGAAUUUGUACAGGAUUAUUUUAUAAGGAAAGCCACACGUCAGACGGUGGAUGCCUGGCUGGUUUCACAUGCCACCUCGGCGGGAAACGACGUGGUCAGCAGCACCUCGCCCACCCACGCCAAUGGACAGACGAGCUCCUCGCGGGGCGGAUCCGGAGCCACCACACCAGUGCGAAAAAUCUCUGCUCACGAGUUUGAGCGCGGCGGUCUGCUGAAGCCGAUUGUCAAUACAAUAGAUGGCACGCCCACUUUCCUGAGCAUUGGUCCGCCCAUGGACAAUGGCGGCGUGGGCGGCAGCUGCGGCAAUCUGCAGAACGUCGGCGGCGUUGUGGCAGGACAGUAUCAGUAUCACCAUCAGCAGCACCACAACCAUCAGCAUCUGCACCACAGCCAGCACAGUCAUUACCAGGCGGGCGGGGCCGUUGGCAGCAGCAGUUUGGGCAUAACCAGUGGCGCCGGUGGAGCGGACAGGGCACUUGGAGUGGGGGGCAGCGGUGGAGCCGGAAAUGGGCAUCAAUAUCAAUACUAUCAUUGCCACCAGCGACCACAGCGGCUGUCACGCAACGAGCUCAAGCAGCUGGACGAGAAGGAGUUGAUUUUCGAGUUGGUAAAGGACAUUUGCAACGAGUUGGAGGUGCGAACUUUGUGCCACAAGAUACUGCAGAAUGUUUCCAUUUUGCUAAACGCCGAUCGUGGAUCUCUGUUCCUGGUGCAAGGACGAUGCAAUGGACCCGAUGGACUCAAAAAAUGCCUCGUCUCGAAGCUGUUCGAUGUGUGCCCCCGGAGCACCGUGGAGGAGAUGGAGCAGCAGGACGAAGUGCGGGUGGCCUGGGGCACCGGAAUAGCCGGGCAUGUGGCCGAGAGUGGGGAGCCCGUCAACAUACCAGAUGCUUACCAGGACGAGCGAUUCAAUUGUGAAAUUGACUCGUUGACCGGCUAUCGGACGAAGGCCUUGCUCUGCAUGCCCAUCAAGGAUUCAGCCGGGGAUGUGAUUGGCGUGGCGCAGGUCAUCAACAAAAUGAAUGGCGAGUGCUUCUCCGAAAUCGAUGAAAAGGUCUUUGCCUCGUAUCUGCAAUUCUGUGGCAUUGGACUGCGAAAUGCACAGCUGUAUGAGAAAUCUCAACUGGAAAUCAAGCGGAAUCAGGUGCUCCUGGAUCUGGCCCGCAUGAUCUUCGAGGAGCAGAGCACCAUCGAGCACAUGGUCUUCCGCAUCCUCACCCACAUGCAGAGUCUCAUCCAGUGCCAGCGGGUCCAGAUCCUACUGGUCCACGAGGCGGACAAGGGCAGCUUUUCGCGGGUCUUCGACUUUGAGGCGAAUGACCUUAGUGAGGAGGAGGCCACCUCGCGAACCAGCCCCUACGAAUCCCGGUUUCCCAUCAACAUAGGGAUCACCGGUCAUGUGGCCACCACCGGGGAAACCGUAAAUGUACCGAAUGCCUACGAAGAUGAUCGAUUCGAUGCCAGUGUGGAUGAGAACUCGUGCUUCAAGCACCGUUCUAUUCUCUGCAUGGCCAUCAAGAAUUCGCUGGGACAGAUCAUUGGUGUUAUCCAGCUGAUCAAUAAGUUUAAUGAGUUGGACUUUACCAAGAACGACGAGAACUUCGUGGAGGCGUUCGCCAUCUUCUGCGGCAUGGGCAUCCACAACACGCACAUGUACGAGAAGGCCAUCGUGGCGAUGGCCAAGCAGAGUGUCACCCUGGAGGUGCUCAGUUACCACGCAUCGGCCACCAUGGACGAGGCUCAUCGGCUGCGGCGCCUUCGGGUACCCUCAGCUGUUCAUUUCCGACUACAUGACUUCAAGUUCGAUGACAUACACUUUGAAGAUGAUGACACAUUGAAGGCCUGCCUUCGCAUGUUUUUGGAUCUCGAUUUUGUGGAACGUUUUCAUAUUGACUAUGAAGUUCUGUGCCGUUGGCUGUUGAGCGUCAAGAAGAAUUAUCGCAAUGUUACCUAUCACAAUUGGCGGCAUGCCUUCAAUGUGGCCCAAAUGAUGUUUGCCAUUCUAACUACCACGCAAUGGUGGAAGAUCUUUGGCGAAAUCGAAUGCUUGGCGCUUAUUAUUGGCUGUCUUUGUCAUGAUCUUGAUCAUCGAGGGACUAACAACUCCUUCCAGAUUAAAGCCUCAUCGCCUUUGGCGCAGCUGUACUCCACCUCCACCAUGGAGCAUCACCACUUUGAUCAGUGCCUGAUGAUCUUGAAUAGUCCUGGAAAUCAAAUACUGGCUAAUCUGUCCUCCGAUGAUUAUUGUCGUGUUAUAAGAGUGUUGGAAGAUGCUAUUUUGUCUACUGAUUUGGCAGUGUAUUUCAAGAAACGAGGACCUUUCUUGGAGAGUGUGGACCAACCGGUGAGCCAUUGGGUGGCCGAGGAGCCGCGCGCACUUUUGCGUGCCAUGAGCAUGACUGUCUGUGAUUUGUCGGCCAUCACGAAGCCGUGGGAGAUUGAAAAGCGUGUGGCCGAUUUGGUUAGCUCGGAGUUCUUCGAGCAGGGCGACAUGGAAAAGCAGGAGCUGAACAUAACUCCUAUUGACAUCAUGAACCGCGAGAAGGAGGAUGAGCUGCCCAUGAUGCAAGUCAAUUUUAUUGACUCCAUUUGCUUGCCAAUCUAUGAGGCCUUCGCCACCCUCUCCGACAAGCUGGAGCCUCUUGUGGAGGGCGUGCGCGAUAACCGCGGUCAUUGGAUCGAUCUGGCCGAUGUUGUGAAAUCCAAAGCUAGUCAGGAUCAGGAGCCAGGGGAGGAGCAGCAGAAAAAUGUGAUAUCGAACGGUGACUGCAAGGCGAUGAGUGAUGAUGAUGUGGCUGCGCCGGAAGCGGAAGUGCCAGUGACAGCGGAGCAAACAAGCGUAAAUGGCCCACACGUUGCCAACAGCAACAGCACCACUAAUAAGAACAUUGCCGUCGCUUCUCAUCCCACCAGCACCCAGCCCAGUGAUGAUGAUGAUGAUGCAAAGGCGAAGGCGAAGGCUAAUGAGCAGGCCGCCGCGGAGAAUGGUCUCGAUGACGAAGUGGAGGAGGCCUCGAACAGCACCUGCAGCUCCUCGACCGCCUCCAGUCGCCUAUCAACGCCACCGCCCACUGGCGAGGAUGACAGCACGCCAGUUUCGCCCUCGAAAACUUUGCAGGCCAGGCUGGUGGCUGCCAAUUUGAAUGCUUUGCAAAGGCAGUCAAUCAACCAGGUUCAAUCCCAAAAGCAGCGUUGCAAGAGUUGCGACCAUUCCCGCAGCGGGCUGCAGGUUCGCAAGACGAGCUCCCUGCGUGGCGCCCAGGAACUCGAGCUGGAUGGCAGGGCAAAGAAUGGAAACAACGCUGCUCUCUGCAAAAGCACGCCCGUGAUCAACAACCACAGCCAUCACCAUAGUCAUAGUCACAGCCACAACCACAACCACAACCAUAACCACCAUCAUCAUCAUCACUCGCAUCACAAUCAUGGCCAGCAUGGGAUCGGGAUUGGCAGUGCCAGCAUCGGUGGAAGUGGCCUAAUCAGCCUGGCAACACCGCUGCUGGCGACGGAUAGUGAUAGGAUACCAAAAAUCGUGGGCAAAAUCGGAAAUCUCGAUGGCCUGCCCUUUGCCAACGGCAUUGGAGGCCCACAAAAUGGUCAUGGUUUGCCGUUGCCCUUCGGCAGCUACCAAAAUCAUCAUCAUCAUCAUCACCUCCUGGCGCGUCGUCAUUCGGAGACAAACAGCAAUGGGGCCACCGCUGUGGCGGCUGAAAAAUAAAUACAUCCCAAUCUGGUGUGUUCCUAGAAACUCAUACAGUAAGAGAUAAGGGAUUUAAUAUUUAAACAGAAAACUCUUAAAACAUAAUUGAGGUGUCUGAAAUUAUGCAAGGCACUUUGUUUUGGUCCUAACUCUUUAGAACUGUUUUCAAAACGAAUCCACUGUAGCGAGAAUUCUGGUUCACACUAGCAUAUCUUCAAUAUGUACAUAGUUCUAUCCACCUCAUCUUUAUCGCCACACACACACAACAACCACCCACUCUCAUCUUGUAUAUAAUAUCCACCUUUGAGCAACAGUAUCGCAGUGCAGUAGGAAAGGAUAAUGAAAGGUUAAACACAUACCAUAAGCAAAUUGUGGCACAGCAAUUUAAUAGCCUACAACUAAAACUAAAUAGAAAGAUUCCUAUAAACGUAUGUAAUUCGUAUAUAUUCUUAUGUAUGUGUAUAUUUUGAUCUGUGUGUCCUUGUAACUUAAAUAUUUAGUUCAUACCGUCAGCGUUAGUUAAAGAUAAUGCAAAGAAGUCAAAUUCUCUAGAUGUUUAAGCACCAACCAACAAAAGAAACAAAAGAAAAAUUGUACCAAAAAAAAAACAGGCAGAGUAGUGGAUUUUUCAAUUGUCGUUUGCUUGCAAGUAACGCUCAUCUUCUAUUUAAAAAACACAGCAAGGAUAAAAGUAUUGUAAUGUCCCGAAACACAUACAUAUACGAGUACGAUAACACUGUAUAACUGUAAACGUUAGUUGAAUUAUCUCUAUGGGUACCAAAAGUCUAACUUUAGUAGCAUUAACCAACCGCUUAGUGAUGAUGUUAGCUGUCGAGUAACGAAAAACCGAUCCGAUCGCGACCCUAGAUUAUAGUGAAUACCCUUAAUAGUACACACGAAACAAGAAACCAGAAAACAAAACAAACACUAAGCGCUUUGAUUUUAACCAUCGCUGCGCUCUUUUCGAAUUUAAAUAAUUGUAAUGUUAUGCGAUAGUAAGAAAUGUAUGUAUAUCUACCUAUGUACUCGAUGGCCUCAAUGGGCUGGCCUAAUGUGCAAAACCCAGACCAUUAGGGAGCAUCUUGGAAUGUCCUUGUAACUUCACAUCAGCACGUCUAACGUUCUGUGUGUGGGUGUCACUUGGACCCACUGCUCGUACAUAUUUAGCAGAUGCGUCUAUAUAAAUUCAUAUAAUCCUUCUUUAGAUUAAAUUGUACUUUGUGAGUUUUGUUAUUUAUUGUCGGCAUUAUAGAGAAACCUAUCGAAAAUACACAAAAUAUUUGCUGUAAAGGACCAUGUUCAAUAAGGCAAAACUAAAUAAAGCAACAUAAUAUCUAA